UUCUACAUCUACUGAUCACUCAUCAAACCACACCAUUUUGAGUAGUAAGAUUGAAGAAAAUUUUCUGCUUCUAUAUACAUAAAUACUCUAAAAUCAUAUUAUUUUAAAAGAAAGCACUUCUAUAGGUUUUGUAUCGAUUACAUACACAUAUUACCAGAAACUUCCUACCAUACGCAGAACACUAAUUUAGGCAUUCUUGGACGGAAAUGAAAAUUGUACCCCUACGACCUAUCUAAUUUGCCGAAAACGAAAAUAAUAAGACAUUUACAAGAUGAUUUGGUUCUGGAUAACUAUGAUGAUUAUAAUUGUGGGUAUUGCCUCUGUGGUAGACUUUUCUACUGAGAGUAGAAGCAAGCUGUUAAAAGAUCACGUUCUCUUUGUAUUCGCGCAUCCUGAUGAUGAAAGUAUGUUUUUUGGACCUACUCUGGAAUAUCUCAGCCAACAUCCUAAUGUGCAAGUGCAUCUCUUAUGUUUGUCAAACGGGAACGCAGAUGGCCUUGGAUGGAUUCGACAAUCUGAACUUGUCAAAGCGGCUUCCCUAUUUCAUAUUCCAAAACACAACAUUCAAAUUAUCUCUGACAAAAAGCUACGAGACGGCAUGUAUGAACGUUGGGACCCCGUUGUGAUUGGCAAACACAUUUACAAUUACAUGACGGAAAAGAACAUUAAGCUUGCGAUUACGUUUGACAAAGAUGGUAUUUCGGGUCAUCCGAAUCAUAAAGCUUGCUUUUAUGGUGCACUGAAUGCUGCCAAGAUGGUCGUCGAUAUGCAACUCUAUACUUUAAAAUCUGUCGGGUUUUUGCAAAAGUACUUGUACUGGCUAGACUGUUGUCGAAUGGUUCUUGGUCAAUUUAUAUAUAGCAAGCAAAAGUACUUGGCGAUUGAAGCCAAGAAGCAAUCGGUAAAGACAAUACGCAAAGCCAUGAUUGAGGGCCAUCAAAGCCAAAUGGUUUGGUUUCGCUACGCAUGGAUUAACCUAUCUCGCUACAUGUUUUUAAACGAACUUGAAGAAGUCCAAACUUGAGCAAGAGAAUUCCCUCAUAUCCCAUUCCAAUCCCUUGCUCUUGCGAGUUUACUUUCCAAACCGCUGCAAAUAAAUGUUAUGUAUUCUGAAAGUCAGGAAAAUCUAAGCUGAAACAUUUCAAUUCUGUAUGUGACAAUACGCACUUUUUAUUACCAAAGGGUCUAUUAUUACAAAGCAAAUCCAACUAAAGCAACCAUUAUUAUUGAAUAUUUUUUAAGAGUGACAGAAUCUGACUAUUCAGUUAUAAUUAUAAUUCUAAUAUAAUAUAAUAUAAUUUAUCUUUCUAAGUUCAC